CAGGUCGGGCGGAAGUUGCGUGAACAGCGGGCUGUCAUCGGAGCUGCUAGCCGCCUGCUGCCCUAAAUACAAGUUAAUUUUAUCGAUAAAAGCGUCGCCAAGUCGAAGUCAAACUAGCUCCCAUAGGAAUAUGGACGAAGACGUGCUGACGACUCUGAAGCUGUUGAUAAUUGGUGAAAGUGGAGUCGGGAAGUCCAGUCUCCUCUUGAGGUUCACAGACGAUACUUUUGAUCCAGAGCAGUCAGCGACAAUAGGUGUGGAUUUCAAAGUCAAGACACUCGCAAUAGAUGGGAACAAAGCAAAGCUCGCCAUAUGGGACACAGCUGGACAGGAAAGGUUCCGCACCCUGACACCCAGCUACUACCGUGGUGCACAGGGAGUCAUACUCGUAUAUGACGUCACAAAGCGAGAGACUUUUACGAAGCUGGAAAACUGGCUGAAUGAACUGGAGACCUACACAACACGCAAUGACAUUGUAAAAAUGCUUGUUGGGAACAAAAUUGAUAGGGACGACCAUGAAGUGGACAGAAAUGAGGGGCUGAAAUUUGCUAGGAAACACUCUAUGCUUUUUAUUGAGGCCAGUGCAAAGACCAAAGAUGGAGUCCAGUGUGCCUUUGAGGAGCUUGUGGAGAAGAUCCUCCAGACUCCGGGGCUUUGGGAGAGUGAAAACCAGGGUCAGAAGAUCCAUCUGGUGCACCAGGAGCAGGGCAGUGGCAGGGCAUGUGGAGGAUACUGUUCCGUACCCUGAAACUGGACAGAACCAAAAAGCACCAACCUGAGGGAAUGACUACGGACCAGAAACAGACAGGAAAGGGGAGAAGGAGAGGUGGAACUGGAUGAGUACUUUAAAAAAAAUUAAAAGUUUGUUGGAGUAGUUCUGUCGGUCGAAAGGACUUUGCAUUUUGCACACUUCCUUUUCAACCAUCAUUUGUCACAUGCCACUUCUUUCUGUUUAAAACAUGAAUGAAAGGAUCAUGCAAAAAUAGCCUCUUGUCUAAGGAAGUAUAGUGUUUUAAAUUGACGAAACCAUGCCAAGUGUACGUCAUACGAGUACAUGUCUGGUUUGAAUUUAUCUUAUUGGCGUCAGUGAUUCUCUUGUACAUUAAGGCAUCGGGUUAAUAGCGUAGUGCCUAUAACAUGAACCAAUUUGUAGGUUACAGUACAUAGCUUGUCAAAUUUUUACUCAGAAUGAGUCAUUAUAAUCCAUUCAGAAAUCUCCUCCAUUCUUCACUUCCAGGAAAAAGCAAGUUCUCUGCUAUACUUUUGUGAGCUGUGAAUGCUGAAUAUGUAGCCGCAAAGUUAAAGUACGUGUUCCACAAGACAUAUAUUUGCAAGCAUCAUUUCAUAUAUAAUUUCAUAUAUAUGUCUCAUGGAUUGAGGAUAGUGGUGGAAGAGACUUGUGUGGAGUGUGUGUUGGCCUCCAUUUAAAAUCUGUCAUUUUGCACCAGAACACUGUGAAUGCUCCCAAAUGAGACACUUCACAAUGGACCCCAGUGACUGACACUAGUUCACUUUUGCUGUUAAUCCAAUUAUUAUUCGUUUAAUGGUGAUAUCCAUCAAAUUCUAUGUAUGUAUAGGGGCUUAACUGAUUUUAUGUUGUUUUUUCCCCUCCUCUUUAUGUGGAAAAAUCCGAGACAAGUAAUCAUCUUUGUCUUUUAGGAUUUUCUGCAACCAAACCUGUGUUUUUCUUUGCAUGUCUGAUCUGGACCAGAACUUCCACAGCUACAAGUGUAAGGUUUACAGUAUUAAGAGCUGCAAUUAAAUAUGCUCUUUACUAACUGGAGUUCAGUACUCUGGCAAAAUGGCAUUUAGUCUGCGCUUGACCCUGUAAACUAGUUUUCUCCCUAUUUAUUUUGCAGUUUCUGUGUGGUGUUGUGGUCUAAAUUAUGUUCCUCUGACUUACUGAAUGCACUUCUCACACAUUAUAGUAUGAGCGCAUUCCUGAGAGCUUUGUUCCUUCUUAUCUUCAUUUUAGUAUGGAUCUGAUGUAUUGUUGCUAUUUGUUUAAAUUCCUUUUUCUUGUUUAAAAUCAUGUUGACCCCCGCACUCUUUCCCUGUUGCUUUUGCUGUGCACCUAUUUGAAUCAUAUUCAGCAAUAUGUUAAAAUAUCUGCCUUAACAUUGAAUGACAUGCGAUAGAGUUAUGGUGCAGUAACGUUUGUAUUGUUUCAAACCAUAUGAAAUAAAUGACAACCUCAAGAUGC